AUGGACUACUCACUCGAAAAUCACAAAUCUUAUAUCGGGAGGCCCAUCUCGGAGCUUCCCACGCCGUCGCUGGUUGUCAAUUUGCCGGUGCUCAAGAAAAACAUCGACACUCUGCAUCGCGAUGUGGAGAAGCUCGGAAUUGGCUUCAGACCUCAUAUCAAGACGCUCAAGUGUGUCGAGGUCACCCGGUUGAUGCUUGCUGGAGGUAAAUACAGGGGCAUAGUCGCAUCCACCAUCCCCGAGAUUCAAGGUGCUCUACCCCUAGUGAAAGAAGGCAUAUUGGAAGAGUGUCUGUACGGCCUUCCAGUCUAUCCCAGCGUUCUGCCAAGAUUGGCCAAGCUACGGGAAUCUCUACGUAUCAUGCUCAUGAUCGACAAUGAGCAACAGGUCUCAUUUCUCGAAGAGUCAGCUACAAGCAAGCAACCCUGGGAUGUCAUGAUCAAAUUGGACGUUGGCUCGCACCGCGCGGGCAUUGCAAGUAACAGCAACGAAUUGAACCGCUUGGUAGAGCGCGCGGAGAAGUCUUCUGCUGUUAACAUCUACGGAUUCUACUGCCAUGCUGGUCACUCAUAUGGCGGCCGAUCACGGGAAGAAGCAGAGGAGACCCUCAACGUCGAAGUGUCAAGCGUGCUAUCUGCAGCCAAGUUACUGCCCACUAAUCGCGAACUUGUCAUAUCUGUCGGCAGCACACCAACGGCGCAUGUGGUCAAGAGCCUCAAGGCGUCAAUGCCGGACAAUAUCAAGCUUGAGCUGCACGCGGGCAAUUUCCCCUGCAACGAUCUACAGCAGGUAUCUACAGGUCUCGUGACAGAGACGCAACAAGCUGUGUCAAUAGCUGCGGAAGUAUGCAGCGUUUACCCCGAGAGGAACGAAGCGCUCGUUAACGCCGGAGUCAUUGCGCUAUCGCGUGAGGCGAGCGCCUAUAGCGGGUUCGGCCGAGUCGUUGGCAGUGCAUGGGGUGUGGUGCGAUUAUCCCAGGAGCACGGGAUCCUGGGGACGACGACUGAGGGUCGAAAGGUAGAAGAGGACUUCAAGGUUGGACAGCGAGUCGAACUGUGGUGCAAUCACUCAUGCAUCGCAGCCGCGGCAUUUUACGUUUAUUAUGUGGUCGAGGAGGGGAUUGUCAGGGACACAUGGAUCCCUUCCAAGGUGUCUUACGCCGAUAUUGCUGCCAGCGGUCCUAAGCAGACCCCCGAGGAGGCUGCUGCCCCUCAACUCCCCGAGAUCAUCUCUGACGAGUCUGCCUCCACCGCCUCUCUGGUCGAUGUUGAUAUGCCUAGCGUGCACACCGUCCCCAACGAUUUCCUUGAGCAGGAGAUCCAGACAGAGACACAAGCUGCCCGCAUUGGUCGAGAGGACGAGGCCGAAGCUCGCGCCGAGAAGCGAAAGCGUGACGAGGUUGCUGCCAAGGCCAAGAACACCGACAACUGGCUGAUCCAACAGUUCUCCAGUCUGUCCGACGGCAGCGCCACUGGUCUCGUUAUCGCCAACUUCGCUACCGUUGUCGGCUUGAGUGCAUACCUCGGCUACAAGGGCUGGGGUCUGUAUGAGAAGGGCAAGCUCGACUGGAAGGCCAUCGGCCUGGGUGCCGGUAUCCUUGCCAGCGUGACUGCUGCCGAGGGUGCUGUUGGACGAUAUCUGUACAAGGGCAAGAAGGGUGGCUCUUAG